AUCAAUUAUCAAAGCAAUCAUUAUGCAUUAAUCUGAAGUCUGAAAAUAGUGAAAAUGCAUCGCUUGGGUCGUGAAAAUAUCUCCCAACAGUACGUUCCAUCCGAUGAAGAUUUUCCGAUAGUUUUUGAGAUUCAGAAAUACAACGGCCCCCGAAACCGCCGCUCCGAUCCGCACGGCGAGGGCAAAGCCAGGCUGGUCAACGGGUACCGCUACGAGGGCUUCUUUCGCAACGGCGUGCCCCACGGACGGGGUCGUCUAGCGCUGAACGAUGGCUUCCGGUACGAGGGGCGCUGGCGCAAGGGCCAGAAGCACGGCAUGGGCCGGAUGUACUAUCCGGAUUGCUCCUGGUACGAGGGCGAGUUUAGGAAGGAUUUGAGACAGGGGUGUGGGGUUUACCACUACCCGAAUGGGGCGUGUUACGAGGGGAACUGGCUCGGGAAUAAGCGUCACGGGGUUGGGUUGUACAGUUAUGCCAGGGAGAAUAUUAAGCUGAGAGGAACCUGGGUUGAGGACGUCGCCAGGGGAGCUGCGGAAGUUCUGUUUGAGGGAUGUCGCUUUCAUGGCUAUUGGGACGGUGAGCUGCCGAGAGGUCCGGGAUGCUUUACCUUUGGGACGGAUGUCAUGGUCAGGGGAAAGUUUUAUUGUGACGCGAAAGAAGGUUGCGAGGAGAAGACGCUGGUGUGGCAGCCGGAAGCCAUCGAAAAGUACGAGUACGCAAAGCUGCCGUUGGAACCAUUGCCGCUGCCGGUUGAGGAGUCAGACGUUUCAGCGACAAGUUCGUCCGAGGAGGAAGAGUGCGAUUCGGUGGCGGAAAGUUUGGCUUCAACUAUUGUGAUUGGCGAUGAGUGAAAUCGAUUUCUCUUGAAUUUCUUGAGAAAAUAAAAUUAUGUUCUUUCAAAUAAAGUAGGGGACAUUUCUUUCAAGAAUCACGUAUUCAUUUGGCAUACUCCGAACUUCUUCAUUUGUCUAAAUAUGAUAAGAACACAAUCAUUCCACGAAAUAUCUAACACACUCAUGAGUAAAAAUCAUUUGAAGAGGACCAAGCCUGUAGCAAGAAACACAUUUGAAUACCUGCUUAGAAUGCUAUGCUGUAAGGGAGAGUUAUCUGUAGGAAGUAAUUUACCAGCUCUAGUAGUACUAUAUGAUAGAAAUAUCGGUUGCGAUAGUAAUUGAAGAUGAAAUUCUAAGAAAUACAUUUGGUUGCAUCAGUUGAAGGGUGAUUAUGAUUAUACUCGUCAUUCAUUCAAAGAAACGCAAAACGGCCCG